ACAGGGGGGAGACUUGCGGGUUGCGCGGGAGCGACGGUUGAAGCGCUAGCGGCCAGGGCAAGGCAGCAGCCGACAUGACGACCAGCCAGAAGCACCGGGACUUUGUGGCUGAGCCGAUGGGCGAGAAACCGGUUGGCACGUUAGCGGGGAUUGGAGAUGUCCUUGGCAAGAGGCUGGAAGACAAAGGGUUUGACAAGGCGUACGUCGUGCUGGGCCAGUUCUUGGUGCUGAAGAAGGACGAAGACCUCUUCCGCGAGUGGCUGAAGGACACGUGCGGAGCCAACGCCAAACAAUCCAGAGACUGUUUCGGGUGCCUGCGCGAGUGGUGCGAUGCCUUCUUGUGAAGGUGGCGGGUCGGAGCCGGGCUGGGGGCUCUAGGGGGGGCUUCUGUAGGUAGCUGACCAUGGGCCUGGUCCCCCCCUCCUCAGAAACUCCCGCGUGCACAAGGCUCCCUCCGGGAUUUCCCUCUGAAAACUAGACACAAAAAAACCCCCGAUCGCGCCGUUUUAAUCUUCCCUCAACCUCCUGCUCCCCCUCUGAAGAGGGAGUCGAGAAGGGUACCGGGUUCCAGUCGUUGACAAACCCCCCCGCCGCCACCCCCGCCCGACUGGGUUUUCCCCCUUCUGUAGUUUCCUCCGUUGAAUUCGUCCUUAGCGCUUCCUCCUGCUGAAAGGGGCUUUCCCGGGUUUGCGGUUUAACUCCUGGUUCCCCCCACCCCCCCCAAAAAAACCCCCGAGAUCUGUAUUAUGAAAAUUGGUGCAGAGGUUCGGGGCCCCUCUGGGUAACUUGACACUACAGUGGUUUUGACUGUCAGGAACCCAAAUAACGCCACGUUUUUAAAUCAAUAAAAAAAUCAGCUGUGUUUAA